UAAAAAGAAAAUGUCAGAUUUAAAAUAGGCGACAAAUGAUCUAUAAGCCCGAUCACAUGUAGACAUGUAGUCAAAAUUUUCAACUAUAUAUAUGCAUAGGCGAGAGUUAAUAAGAGUAUCACAAAACAACUGCAAAUCUUCACGUGUUCUCUUUUGCUCAUCACAUGUUCUCUUCUUUCUUCGCCUCUCUCUGCAAAUCUAAUCCUUUCUCUUUUUGGCAUCCCUAGGCUCUUUUUGUGAUUCAUCUUCCAAUAAUUUAAUCCUUUAAAACUUAAAUACAUACGUAUCCACCUACUCAACUUUGGCAUGGACAAGAAGAAGGUUGUUGCAGCUUCAUCGUCAUCGUCAUCUUCUACUUCUUUUGAUCAUAUAUUUGGUCCAAGAGUCUCUUCUUCAUCUUCUUCAGCAACCACUGGACUGUUCACAACCAUCUUCCCACGACCCUCUGCGGGGAUGUUGGGGAGGCAAAUGGACUUUCCAAGUCAAGGUGGACAUGUGAAGUAUCAAUCUGCAAAUGAACGAGGAAAAAGAAGCAACAUAAAAGAGAAAAACAGUUACCAUAAUGAGGAAACAGAACCACCAUGCAACUUGAGCUCUUCAAUUUACUAUGGAGGCCAAGAGAAAUAUUCCUCUACAACAAAUACUAAUAAAGAUACUUACAAGAAAGAUGCACAGGAAGGCGAUUCCAAAAGGGCAUCAAGAGGAAACUGGUGGGAAGGGUCGCUUUAUUACUAACAUGCACUGCAUGUCACGCAAUCCUGAUUUUGAGCAACUGCUAAGGGAAUAAGAGACAUAUAAAUCCCCUUACUAUAUUAAAGAGUGUAGCAUAUAUUGCAUAAACAAAGAAUGACUUGUUCUUGAGAUGUUGAUUUGUUGUUUACGUAAACGCAACGCUAAUUAAGACAAGCCUCUUUCUGAUUAUUUUAAAGUUUGUCUAAUAUUUGUCUAUGUGAAAUGAUGCUUUAUGAAUACUUGUACUUUAUAUUUUACAUAAUAAUGAAGCACAUUUGUUACUGGUA